AUGGCGCACGCGGCGCACGUCAUGGGCGCGCUCGGUGCGGUGCCGUUCGUCGGUCUCACGCCGCAAGCGCGCGACGCGCUCGGUCUGCGCGCCGUGGCGAGCGGCGAGACGUGCGCUCGAGCGCAAAUCGCGUACGGGGCGACGAUUUUGAGCUUUCUCGGUGGCAUCCACUGGGGCCUGGCCGCGGUGAAGCACACGGUGGUGAAGCAUUGGAAUCCAACGCCCGCGCAGCUCACGGCGAGGUACGCGUGGUCGGUGACGCCGAGCCUGCUGGCGUGGGCCGCGCUGUCGGCGCCGAGCGAGGUGGCGGCGUGCGGGACGCUCAUGGGAGGUUUACUCGCGUGUGCGGGCGUCGACACGGUGUACGCGCGCGCGGGAGGGUACCCGCGAUGGUUACUGCCGAUGCGCUACGGGCUCACGGCGGCGGCGACGCUGAGCCUCGCGGCGACGGCGUUUCGAGGCGCGGACGAAGGCGAGCGCUCGAAAUCGAAACGUCGUUGA